GGAAAGUGCCAGUGGUGUUGUUACACAGACAGAUCAGAGCGUUGGCUGAAAAGAAUAAUGAAUGCUGGAUGUGCAAACUGGGAAUUACAUUAUCUUAAUUCACAAUAAUUUGCAUCACACUGUGGACCUGAAAUACAGUAUUCCUCGCAUACAUCGAGGACCAGAGGACACGUGGUUGCCUGACUGUGGACUACUUUUGAAGAUAUGGAGGAGACCAAUUACACCUCUGUGAACGACCCAAAUGGGAACGCUCCAUUCUGGACAGAGUCCCAGCAUUUGGAACGGGAGGAAGAGGAGCGUUUCAGAAGGAAACUCAAGUAUUUCUUCAUGAACCCCUGUGAGAAGUACAGAGCUCGAGGAAGGAAGCCAUGGAAACUACUUUUACAAAUAAUCAAAGUUGCCAUCAUCACAUGUCAGCUCGUCUUAUUUGGACUGAGUAAUCAAAUGGUGGUCACCUUCAAGGAGGAGAACCUGAUGACAUUCAGACAUUUGUUCCUGAAGGAUUUUGCAGAUGGCAGUACUGGCACAUAUGCGGUGUACAGACAGACAGACAUGUAUGACUACAUCGGACACGUUAUAGAACAGUUUGGCAAUAUUAAGAAUAUAUCGGUGGGAAACCAUGCUUACGAGAAGACGGGCCUGAAAUACACCCCCCUUGUCCUGUGCCAACAGUUCUAUGCAAAUGGAAGCAUUUCUCCAGGAAACGAGAGCUUUGACAUAGACACGGAAGUGGCCUUUGAGUGUGUUGAAGUUUAUCCAAUGACUCCCUUCCGGAACCACAACGGCUACCUAGCAAAUUUCACACUAGAUUUCAAAAGACUUCUGGCUGUGAACAUAAGCUUUACACUGAAAGCCAUCAAUCUUCAGACGGUCCAACAUCACGAGUUGCCUGACUGCUAUGACUUUGAUAUAAUGAUCACCUUCAACAAUAUGGCGCACAGUGGGAGAAUUAAGGUGGACCUGGAUCACGACGUGGAGAUUAAGGAAUGCAGAGACUGGAAUGUUCAAGGAGCCUCCCCCAGGAGCCUUGUCUAUAUCCUUCUCUUUGAUACUCUCAUCAUUCUGACGUGCCUCACAUCUCUGACUCUCUGUGUGAGAUCAGUUGUCAGUGGAGUAAAGCUGCAGUUGGAGUAUGUUAGCUAUUUCGCCACGCGUCACUGCAAGACGGUUCCCUGGUCGGACCGUAUGGAGUUCAUAAACGGCUGGUACAUACUAAUCCUCGUCAGCGACUUUCUCACAAUCAUCGGCUCCAUCAUCAAAAUUGAGAUCCAGGUCAAGAAUGUCACCAGCUAUGACGUCUGCAGUAUUCUACUGGGCACCGGCACCAUGCUCGUGUGGAUAGGGGUCCUGCGAUACAUGGGCUACUUCCGCAAAUAUAACAUUCUCAUCAUAACUCUGAGAGCUGCAUUCCCCAAUGUCAUCCGCUUUCUUUGCUGUGCCGCUAUGAUUUACCUGGGCUACUGCUUCUGUGGAUGGAUAGUGCUGGGGCCCUACCAUGAGAAGUUCCGCAAUCUGAACACGGUGUCAGAGUGUCUGUUCUCGCUGAUCAACGGCGACGACAUGUUCCCCACCUUUAAGGACAUGCAGCAGAAGAGCUACCUGGUCUGGCUCUACAGCCGCCUCUACCUCUACACCUUCGUCUCGCUCUUCAUCUACAUGAUCCUCAGCCUCUUCAUCACCCUCAUCACAGACACCUACGACACCAUCAAGCAUCUUCAGGAGGACGGCGUUACAGACUCAGAGCUGCACGCCUUCAUGGCCGAGUGUAAAGACGCGCCCAACUCCAUCCACUUCCGCCUGGACAAAAAGCCAGACACCUGCCUUCUCUGCUGCCUGCCACAAUGCAGGUCGGACUCUGAUGAUCGAGCAAGUCUACAGAGUACAUCAGCUGCCUGAUGGUAUUUGUACUGUUGACAUAUUGGUGAAUCCAGCCAUGCACGUAGAAAUCACUGUAUAGUGUUUUGUGAUCUAAAGCUUGAAUAUACGGCAUCAGAUGUGCACAAUGAGAGGGUCUUGAAUGACCAUUCAUGAUUAAAAAUAAAUGUAUUUUGUUUCUGAAAUGGAAUGUCUGGCUAGAUAGAUAAAGUUUUGAUUCACACUUUGGACUUGGCACAUCAACAAAAUGUUUGUGGCCUGUUUACACUUUUAUUUUGCGCACAUUCAGAGGCACUUUGGCACUUUCCUGUCAGGAUGAAUCCUGCAAGACGUACUGUAUCAG